GGGGGGACGUGAUCGCAGCACGUGACGGUGACGGAGCUCGUGUCAGCUGAUAAAAGUCGCAGUUUGUGGAGAAACAGGACGAUCUGCUCCGUCAUUGUGUUUCUAGCCGAACUCCGCCGGCUUUCCCCAAGAUGAGAAGUUUAUUCCUGUGUUUGUUCGCAGCGCUCGCGCUCAGCAGCGAUGCCCUCAUCCGAAUUCCCUUAAAGAAAUUCCGUUCCAUCAGACGUGAGUUGACCGACUCAGGACGUCAAGCCGAGGACCUUCUGGCUGACAAACACUCCCUUAAGUACAACUUUGGCUUCCCCUCCAGCAAUGGGCCCACUCCAGAAACCUUGAAGAACUACCUAGACGCUCAGUAUUACGGUGAAAUUGGCAUUGGCACCCCUGCUCAGACUUUCACUGUGGUCUUUGACACAGGCUCCUCCAACCUGUGGGUGCCUUCUGUUCACUGCUCGCUGCUGGACAUUGCAUGCUUGCUUCACCACAAAUACAAUGCUGGAAAAUCCAGCACAUACGUGAAGAAUGGCACCGCUUUUGCCAUCCAGUAUGGAAGCGGCAGUCUGUCGGGAUACCUCAGUCAGGACACGUGCACAAUCGGAGACAUAUCGGUGGAAAAUCAGCUUUUUGGUGAAGCCAUCAAGCAGCCCGGUGUGGCCUUUAUCGCAGCCAAGUUUGACGGCAUCCUUGGCAUGGCUUACCCACGCAUCUCGGUGGAUGGAGUGACCCCGGUGUUUGAUAACAUCAUGAACCAGAAGAAGGUGGAGAACAACGUCUUCUCCUUCUACUUAAACAGGAAUCCGGACACUGAGCCCGGCGGUGAGCUGCUGCUCGGAGGGACUGAUCCCAAGUAUUACACCGGCGACUUCAACUAUGUCAACGUCACACGUCAGGCCUACUGGCAGAUCCAAGUGGACAAGAUGGGCGUGGGCAGCCAGCUCGCUCUGUGUAAAGGCGGCUGUGCGGCCAUCGUGGACACCGGGACGUCUCUGAUCACCGGCCCCUCCGCAGAGGUGAAGGCCCUGCAGAAGGCCAUCGGAGCGAUUCCACUCAUCCAGGGAGAGUACAUGGUGAACUGUGAUAAGGUCCCCACGCUGCCCAUCAUCACCUUCAGCAUCGGUGGACAGAGCUACAGUCUGACCGGAGAGCAGUACAUCCUGAAGGAGAGUCAGGGCGGAAAAACCAUCUGUCUGAGCGGCUUCAUGGGCCUGGACAUCCCUGCCCCCGCCGGGCCCCUGUGGAUCCUGGGAGACGUCUUCAUCGGCCAGUACUACACCGUGUUCGAUCGGCAGAACAACCGCGUGGGCUUCGCCAAGGCCAAAUGAUCACAGUCCCUGCACAACAUUGACAAAAAUCUGAGCUGCACACUUUUUCUGUUGCUUUGCCAUCAGACCAGUAUUUAGCAAUAGAGCUUGUGUUGUAGAGUCAAAACUGCACUGAUCUUCAAGAACCUGUAACGAUUUCUGAGAGUGUGAGUGAAGCAGACGUGUCUGAUGGGCUGUGUGAAGAGUGUAAAUGAUCAGGGAUCGGCUGAGGCUAUCAUUGCUGCCCUUUUCAAACAACUACUACAAUCUUUUAUUCUUUUGUUUUUAAAUCAGGGAUUUGUUUUAAAGAGUAAUUUUAAUUUAGAGUUUCAAGUUGAGCAUGGUCCUCUGGUACUGACACGUGCAUCUUAAUGUGAUUGGCUUCAAUAAACACUUUUUAAAAGA